AUGGCAAGUUAUGCUGCAGCGUUGUUGGAUGAAUUGAUGGGAAGGAACAGAGACUCAAAUCCUCAUGAUAUAUCUGUGAAGAAAGAUCAUUGGUCUGACGAAAAAAUGUGUAAGUAUUUUUUGUGUGGGUUCUGUCCUCACGAUCUAUUCAUCAACACAAAAGCCGAUUUGGGCAAAUGUACGAAGCUGCAUGAUGAAGAGUUCAGGAUGAGCUAUCAGGGCAGUGAUCAGGUGGGUAAAAUGGGCUACGAGAAGGAGUUUGAAAGGCUGUUGUUGUCGCUAGCAAAUGAUAUCGACAGAAGAAUUAAAAGAGGAGAGCAGAGGUUGGCUUCCAAUAACAAACACAAAGCACAACCAUUUAUGACCCCUUCGACAUCCAUGCGUCAACAGAAAAUUAAUGAAUUAACUGAUUCCAUCAAUAAGUUGGUGGCUGAGGCAGAAACAUUGGGGUGUGAAGGAAAGGUGGAUGAGGCGAAGGAAGUGAUGGAGAGGUGUGACAAGAUGAAAAUGGAGAAGAACUCCUUGGCAGUUAUACAAGCGAGGGAGCAGCAUGCGACCGACCAGGAAAUGAACAAGGUGAUGGAGGUUUGCAACAUUUGUGGGGCAUUACUAGUCGUCGGAGACCCUCAGCAAAGGCAGGACGAACAUAUCACAGGCAAGCUGCACAUGGGCUAUGCAAAGAUCAAGGCUUAUUUGAAAGAGAAGAACGUAAAGCUUUCAUCGGAAUUGAUGAAAAUGGACGUUUCAUCUGCCAGUGCAUUUUAUAGGCCCUCCCCUUACACCAGCAUCGACCUGUCCAGCGACCUCAAAAGAUCGCCAAAGAGCAGAUCCAGGGAAAGAAGUCACAGCUCGCAAAAGAAACAUAGGAGUCAUUCAAAGAGUCACAAAUCAAAAGGGCGCAAGCACCACCGCCAUCAUAAGCACCAUCAUCAACAUCACCACCAUCGGAGCCGUCGGGAGAAAACACCAGACAAUUAAUUUAUCCUACCUUUAGUUUUGAUUUCAUUUUUUAUUGUUUAAUAUUACCAUUCAGAAUAGACCGUCAUAACUUUACCGUUGUACGUAUUCCACGUUGUUUAUCGUUGUCUUUGUGUUGUGUUAUUGAUUUAAAAUGGCAAGAUUGCGUUGGAACUUUUUUCUUAAAAAACUAAUAUUAAAUUUUACUUAACGUUAAAUUUAACUAAGUUUGUGCUUUUGUUUUGUUCUUUGUUUUAGGUAAUUUUUGUUUAAUUUUAUCUUAAUUGCAUU